GAGUCCCACCGCUCUCUCCCUCUCUCUCUCUCUCUCUGUCUCGAUCCAACGCAAGCACACAGAGCUCGAAGGCCCGUCUUUGGCUCCUCCCAUGGCGACAGGCCUGUCCACCGCCGCCAUCCCCAAGCCCAUCAAAUUCCUCCUCGGGAGCUCCAACCUCCUCCUCCUGCCGCAGCCCACCUGCCUCUCUCGCUCUUCUCAUUCCUCCGCCCCUUCUCUCUCCAGAAACUGCACGGUCUUCCACGCCCCUAGGAGGAAGACGCUCCUCACGGUGUGCUUCGUUCUGGAGGACCUGAAACAGAGCCCCCGUCAUGUCGAAACCGAAACCGCCACCGCCUCGCAAGAAGACGGCCCCGACGAAGCCGCCGCCGCGCGGUCCGAUCAGAUCUCGGCCCCGGCCUCGCGCGCCGCCGAGAGAUUGGCGCGGAAGAGGUCGGAGCGGUUCACCUACCUCGUCGCCGCCGUGAUGUCCAGCUUCGGGAUCACGUCCAUGGCCGUCAUGGCCGUUUAUUACAGAUUCGCGUGGCAAAUGGAGGGACGGCAGGUGCCCAUGUCUGAGAUGUUCGGCACAUUCGCUCUCUCUGUGGGCGCUGCCGUGGGCAUGGAGUUCUGGGCGAGAUGGGCUCACCGAGCUCUCUGGCAUGCCUCUCUGUGGCACAUGCACGAGUCUCACCAUCGGCCGAGAGACGGGCCGUUCGAGCUCAACGACGUCUUCGCCAUCAUCAACGCCGUUCCGGCCAUCGCCCUCCUCUCCUACGGCUUCUUCCACAAGGGCCUCGUCCCCGGUCUCUGCUUCGGCGCCGGCCUCGGGAUCACGGUGUUCGGGAUGGCGUACAUGUUCGUCCACGACGGCCUCGUCCACAGGCGAUUCCCCGUGGGCCCCAUCGCCGACGUGCCCUACUUCAGAAGGGUCGCCUCAGCCCACCAGAUCCACCACUCGGACAAAUUCAAUGGGGUGCCAUAUGGACUGUUCCUCGGACCUAAGUUUUUGGUGAGGGAGUGAGCUGAAACAUGUUGUGACGCAGGAGCUCGAGGAAGUUGGAGGGCUAGAAGAGCUGGAGAAGGAGAUCAGCAGGAGAACCAAAUCGUAAAAGGGCUCGGGAUCGUAGCCGGAACCGGCCGGCCCUGUCUUGACUUAGAAUUUUCCAUCGGUGUAAAAAAUGAAUGAGAACUGUCGUAAAUGAUGAUGAAAAGAAAGAAGCAUUUUUGGAACGGAUGUUUCGUGUGCUUUGCCCGUCGAGUUCGGUCUUCGGUUUUCGCCGGACGCAGCAUCAGUUCUUCUGCAAGGGUGUUGGCAAUUCUUAUAAGAGUGGAAGCAUGGUCCAUCUCGUUA